AUGGCCGACUACGACAGAAGACAAUCGGGCGGACACAAUCGCAAGAGACGUUAUAGAGAUGAUGAUGAUCAGUACGACCGACGUCCAAGAAAGCGACAUGAGCCAGCUCCAGUGGCUGUCCGAUUCAGAAAACAGCUCGUGAGCAUUGCCGAAUCGCUGCUGCGACGUUGGGCCGACGAGGUGCUGUCUCUCGCGCAGAUGAUUGCCGACAACUAUGACGACGAGCAUCUGCGCAGUAUCUACGUCAACCUGGUUCUGCAGAUGGCGCUCGAGCAGCCUCUUAAGACCCCCUUUGUGGCCGCCGUGGUGCUCGUCGCCAACGCGCUCAAACCCGAAGCCAUGGAGAUUGUCCUCGAGCGCCUAGCCAAGGACCUCGAAGGCGCCAUUGCCGCCGGCCAGUGGACGGAGGUGAAGCUGUAUCUGAAGCUUCUGGCCUGUCUGCAACGCAAUCUGGAAGGAGAUGGAGUGUUUCCUCUGCUGGAGGAGCUUUUCGACCGCGCUGCUGGACUGCAGACGGCGAGCUCUGAAGAUACUAUUGGAACUGAAAUCGUCAAGAUCAUUCUCCUCACGAUCCCGUACGCCAUGGUCGCUGCGCCAGGUGAUUUCAAGCAAAAGGCCGCCGAGCUCAUGGACAAGACCGACAUCAUCGCCUCUGAACCCCACGCGCUGCAUGCGCUGGUCGACCCUUACUUUACUAAGAGCAACGAAGAGAGCCCGACUGCUUCUGCCAGUGUGCUGGUGCUUCUUCAGAAGCAACUGCAAGCAGAGGCUGCCAAGGACUGGGAGCUGGCAUGUUUGCCUCGCCCAUGGCAAAUGGCGCUCGAGGACGUGGAAACGCAGGACAAGAUGACGAAUGCUCGCAAGCAUGCGAUUCCCGCCAUCUCUAUUCCGGCUGCCAUGGUCGCUGGACCCCGCGCCCUCUUUCCCGAGGUGUACCUAUCCGUCUAUCCUAAGACUGACGACAUUGAGUCUGUGCCGGGCACACAGCACAUUGCUUCAUCGCUCAUCCGCGAUGUGCUCGUUGACACAGUCAACGGCCUCAACUACAACCGAAACGCCACCGCUCGCUUCCUCAUGGACAUUGAUUGCUACUUUGCUGACGGCACAUUUGUCAAGCGCGCGACACCGUUUGACGAGCUGCGCAAUGUUGCCGGCAACCGCUCCACAUGGAAGCCCGAGGACGUGACAAUUGACACGGUCUUUUCGCAGCUCCUUCAGCUGCCGACGCCUGACUGUAAGCUCGUCUACUACCACUCGGUCCUCACGGAGGCCUGCAAGCUGGCGCCAGCUGCCGUUGCGCCCAGUCUGGGCCGAGCCAUUCGUCACCUGUACCGCAACAGCCCGCGUAUGGAUCUGGAGCUGUCAUAUCGCUGCCUCAACUGGUUCUCGCACCACCUGAGCAACUUUGGCUUCACUUGGAAGUGGUCGGAGUGGUCAGACGACGCGGCGCUGUCAGAUCUGCACCCGGCGAAGUGGUUCCUUAACGGUGCGCUGGACAAGGAGAUUCGCCUGAGUUUUGCUCAAAGAAUCCAGAAGACGCUCCCCGAAGCGUACCAGCAUCUCAUCGGUCCCGAGAAGGAGCAGGAUGUGCCCGACUUCAAGUACAAGAAUCCAGACACACCCUUCUCCGCCGAGGGCCAAGAAUUAGGAGCCUUGUUACGCCGCAAGGCAACGGACGAGGAGAUCCAGCCUACCAUUGAUGCCAUCCAGGCGCAAGCCAAGGAGCGUGCUCUGGACCCUGUCGCCACCAGCACAGACGUGUUCGUGACGGCCAUGUGCUGGGUGGGCUCCAAGUCGAUGAGCCAUGUCCUUGCCUGCAUCGACAGAAGCAAGGUUCGCCUGAUCGACGCAGGGGCCACCUCACCGGCAGCUCGCGCCCAGAUCAUCUCUUCCGUCAUGGCCUACUGGCACGCUCACCCCGGCGUGGCCCUGUCCAUCAUCGAGAAGCUACUCAACUACUCGAUCCUCACACCCUUUUCCGUCGCCGACUGGGCGAUCCUGGCCGAUAGUGCUUCGCACAGGGGCUCACCCGGCGCGGCGCUAGCGCAGCCGCACAUUUACGAGGCCAUCUUCAACACCGUUUCCAAGGUCACGGCGCGGGUGCGACAGAUCCUCGCAGUGCCGUCUGGCAGCGGCGAGGACGUGGCGGUCGACGAGGAGACGCGCCAAAAGGAGGUUGCCGACAUGACCGAGCUGUUCCGCACCAUCAAUGACGCGCUCGAGUCGUGGGCUAGUGGCAGCAAGGAUGAGUUGAUGGAGCAGGAUGCCGGGAGCGAGACGGACGAGACGCUGAUUCGAAGAUGGGGACAGCGUUGGCUGCGCGUGUUUCGGCGCCGCGCGGCGGUGGAGGCGGCCUUUGUGGCCGAGGCGACCAAGGACAAGAUGGUGGUGGAUGGCGAAAAUGGAAGUGCGUAA